AAUAUGUGGCUCUGUGUGUUUCUGCUCUACUCUGUGCUGCAGGAAUCUUCAGGUUGCACAGUAGAGCGAGGUGUGGGAGCAACCAUCACCAAAUCAGUGGGAGACUCUGUGGUGCUGCCGUGCUCCUGUACAAACCUGCAGGAUAAUCCACAAACAGUGCAGUGGGGAUUUACCAAUUUCAAACAAUUUAAGUUUGUAGUAGGUGACUACACAGCUGAUGAGUCAGUGUUUUCAGAGGAUGGUAGUCAGAAACACCGCUACAGAAACAGAGUUCAGAGACUGAACCAGAAUAAACCAGGAGAUUUAUCUCUAAUCAUCUCUCACCUCAUGGAACAAGACGAAGGAGCAUAUCUGUGUGGAAUCAAUGGGAAAUACUUCAGUAUUAUCUUUGUUUAUGUCAGAGGCUGCGCUGUGCUGGGUUUUAGUGAGAGAUCUUUCUCCAGAUCUAAAGGAGAGUCUGUUCUGCUGCCCUGCCCCUGCCCCAAAGAACAAACAAAUAUAAACCCUGGAGGCGUUACAUGGAGCUUCUCAAAGACGGGGACUGGAGAUCAGACCGCAGUGUCUAAUGAUACAGAAUCCUACACAGGCAGAGUCUGGAUGUUUGACCAAAAACAUUCCAGAAAUUUCUCUCUCCUCAUCUCAGAUCUGACUGAAGAGGACUCUGGAGAAUAUAACUGCAUAGCUGAUGACCACACACCUUAUGUCAUGCUACACGUCAAAGGCUGCACACUGUCAGAGACUCAGGAGAAACUGAUUAUCAGAUCUCUGGGAGAGUCCGUUCUCCUGCCCUGCUCCUGCACUGACCAACAAACCAAACCUGUAAGUGUGAAAUGGGAGCAUGUAGACUCAGGAGGGACUGAGGUAUCCAAUGAGACGCCACGAUACUCAGGCAGAGUCCAGAUGUUUAAUAAGAACCUUCCAGCAAAUCUCUCUCUACUGAUCUCCAACCUGACUGAACAAGACCAGGGAACAUACAGAUGUUCAAUCAACAACAAACAGUCCAUCAACAUCAGACUGAGCAUAGUAACUCAACAUGAGAAUUCAACAGAUUUCUUCAGUGUGAUUGUCAACACUUUGAGCAUCUGUGUGGCUCUGCUGCUGAUUGUAGUGAUUGGAGAAUCAGCACUGAUCUACAAACUGAUCCACAAUAGGUCACGAGGGUCUGCCUCUACAAACCCUGAGAGAAGAACACAGAGCACAGCUGAUAAUGAUUAUAAGGAUGAUCCUCCUGAAAACCGGUACAAUAUCACUAUGGAACAAAUCUACCAGAGCCUGGACCCCAAAACCAACCAAUCAGAUUCAGUUUACCAGAGCCUUAGCCACGAAAUCAACUAAUCAGUUUCAGCCCACCAGAGCUUAAACGCCAACACCAACCAAUCAGAUUCAGUCUACCAGAAUCAUCAGACCAACCACAGUUAAUUUAUGACAAUUAACUUUGGGACUUCAAAAAACAAAAUCAAAAUCAUUCUGUAGACCAGGAGUGACCACUCUUAUCAAGAAAGGGCUAGUGUUGCUGUAGGUUUUCAUUCAAAGUUAAAGACUAUUGCUUUCAAUAAUUUUUGCUGAACUUAUUUACAAAAUGUGCUUAGUUUGUUAUUAAUAUGUUUCUAUCUAGAGCCUCCAAUGAUGCUUCAAUGUCAACAUGGUUUUACCUACUGUACCAUUUACUCACGGAAUGUUAUCCAAAUCACUCAGAAUAAAAAAAACUUAUAUUUGAAAUGAA